GCCUGAAGCUUUCAUUAGUUCCCUGCCAGCUUUCUUGUUGGUCAUCUCCACGAAUCUAUACAAUCACGCAGCGAAAUACUCAUCUCAAUGGAUGCCCUCGUUGCUGAGUUGGAGACGUUGCACAGCCACCUUCGUACGACGCAGGCCUACCGCGACAGCGAAGCAAAACCGAGUCUACUGCUGGAUGCAGUAGAGAAGAAUGCGCUGACGCAGGUGAUGAGCUACUACCGCGGCGAUGCCCUCUCUACACUGGCCGCCGUCUCGCCCUGCGCACGGCUUUGCUCGGAGAUCGCGUCCAACGGCCGUAGACGCACCAACUUGCACAUCCCUCUCAAUUGCGACGCCUUCCUGCAUGAACUGCAGUACAACUUCAAAGCGCUGCAGCCUGUGAGCAACAUCAGUUGGUGGUUGGAGCGGUGCCCGCUGAGCAUUCGCGCCAAGGACGCGGACGCGCUGAAUGAACUCCUUACUGCCUCUCCCGCAGUCCACGAGAAACUCAAGUCGUUGUACAUUGGCAAACGUGAGAUGAACACGUCUGUGCCAGUCAACGUGCUGCAUCAACUGGAGGAGCUGUCCGUCUCAGGCGAUGCCGCACUCCUGCGCGCUGUCGACGCUUCUCAGCUGACGGAGCUGCGCACGCUGCGUCUGUACAAAUGCGCAGAGGACACAUACGCCAUCCUGUGUCGAAUUCCGUCCCUGCAGAGCCUCUUUAUUGAGGGCCUGGAGAUGAGCACACCGUCGAUGCAUGAGAUGGCCUUCGCAAAGAGUCUCGUGCAAUUGACGGUGACCACGAGCACGCUGGGAAGCAUAAACGGGUUUGAGGUGUGCGCCAACCUCCAUCACGUGCGCUUCCACUACUGCUCCGGGAUGGAGGCGCUGUCCUCGUUGGCCGCUGCGCCACACCUGUGGACGAUCACGGGUCAGAGCAUCGGCGUCCACCAGCUUCGAGGGCUCGCAAUGUGUCCGGAGCUGGAGGUGCUGGAGCUGUCCAGCUGCAAGAGUCUUCGCCGCCUUUCGUCUCUAUCCGGCGCGACGCAUUUGAAGAGGAUUUCGGUGCAAGGCAGCGACGUGGACGACAUCAGCGGUCUCGCCGCCUGUCUUCUCUUGGAGACGAUCAACCUCAGCGGUUGCGCCCACCUGACCAGCCUUUCUCCUUUGUCCGGUGCACCUCGCAUCCGACACAUCUACGCCGCCGGCACUGGUGUGCGGGACGUGAGUGGGCUCGCCAGCUGCCCACUGCUUGAGGUUCUCGAUGUCAGCUACUGUGAAAACUUGAGCAGUCUCGCUUGUUUAGCUGAGUGCCCGCAUUUAAAGCAAUUGCUUGCGGCAGGAAGCGGCGUGAGCGUGAUUGAUGGGCUCGCGACGUGCCCGGAGCUGACCUCAGUGGACUUCACAGGGUGCUACAAUUUGAGCAGCCUUUCCGCGUUGGCUGGGGCGCCAAAGCUUGCGAAGGUCGUUGCGCCUCGAAGCGCAGUGAACAACAUUGACAAUAUCGGCAAGUGUCCUGAGUUGGAGAGUGUGGACCUCAAGUAUUGCAAGAACUUGCAGAGCCUCGCACCUCUGGUAGGGGCUCCUAAACUCGGCUUGAUCAUUGCAGCUCGCAAGUCGCUGACCAAUGCGAUGUGCCCCGAAGAACUGUUGCCGCUCAUCAAAGAGAAGGCUUAA